AGUUUGAGGGCUCCCGGCGGCCAUUUCCGCCUUCAAGUUGCCCGGAGCGCGUCUGGGACCGGCAGACCUGUCCCGGAGCGCGUAGAUCCGCACGCACGCACGCGCCGCCCACGUCCAGCUUGCGAAUCCGAGGGACCCGUUCCAAUAAUGCCCCGGAAGGCAGCCAGUCCAGAGGAGGCGGCGGGGGAGCCCGGUCCUGAGGAGAUGGAGGCUGGGCGGCCGCGGCCGGUGCUGCGCUCGGUGAACUCGCGCGAGCCCUCUCAGGUCAUCUUCUGCAACCGCAGCCCGCGCGUCGUGCUGCCUUUGUGGCUCAACUUCGACGGCGAGCCUCAGCCCUACCCGAUCUUACCACCGGGCACCGGCCGCCGCAUCCACAGCUACCGAGGUCAUCUUUGGCUCUUCAGGGAUGCGGGGACCCAUGAUGGACUUCUGGUUAACCAAACGGAGCUGUUUGUGCCAUCCCUCAAUGUCGAUGGACAGCCUAUUUUUGCCAACAUCACAUUGCCAGUGUAUACCCUGAAAGAGCGGUGCCUUCAGGUUGUGCGGAGCCUGGUCAAGCCUGAGAACUACAGGAGACUGGACAUCGUCAGGUCACUCUAUGAGGAUUUGGAGGACUACCCAAGUGUGCGGAAGGACAUACAGCGACUGAGCCAAGAGCACCUUGAGAGUCAGCACCUGGAAGAGGAGCCUUGAAGGAGUCCAUGGAGAUUAAGUGUUCCUGAGUUUCAGCCUUGAUGGUCCGAGAUUGAUCUACACAUAGGACAGGUCACUUUCUUUCAGUUUUAAAAUGGUUCAUUCUUGGAGUAAAACUAUCCAUCACGUAAAAGAAAGUUAACUAACAUCCCUGGGCUUUGUAGUGUUUAAGAAUAAACAUGCAAAGUGCCACUGCGUCUGCCCUUUGUAGAGCACUCACCCGAGGGAGGAAGACGUUUUCAGUUUUGCUUCCUGGUGAGGCUGGAAGUUGAGUGUAAGGAUGACUGUGUAAUAAGCUCAGCAGCAGGAGUUGUACUGUGUCCUUUCAUUUGAGCAGAGGGCUCUUGCUUGGGAAGGCAGAGAAGGCCCUUCCCAAACGCUGGGACAGACCUCCUGUGGAGGCCCGCUGCCUAAAGCGUGGAGUCUUCAGUCAUGAAUGUUGGACGAAGAAACCAUUGGAUGCUUGGUGGGAGAGUUGGGAGGGCCUGGCUCUUUGUCUGAGGAGAGCCUUAAGUGUUCAUGUAAGGAACAGCUUAGCAGCUUCUGAUUUCCCACGUCCCAGCACUUUCUCUCUGUUUUUUAUUUUAUUUUUGAGACUUUUGUAUAGCCCAGGCCAGCCUCAGUCACUCAGCAGAGGAUUCCUGACCCUCUGGGAUUAUGUCUCCUGACAUUGGGAACACAUGUGUGCACACAGCCUGCUCUGCUCUUCCUUUUCCCAUGUUGAGACGGGCUCCUGCUGUAGUCCUGCCUGGCCUGAGCUGGAGUCGGUCCUGCCUCCUGACCGACCGUCUGGCUGCUUUCUAAGCUGGGUAGACUUCCCAUACUCACUGUUACAGACAGUUACAGCAGAGAAGAACCAUCCUUGUGUAAGUCUGGUUUUGAGAGCUCCUGUCUCUGAGGAAGCUGUUGGCAGGAGCAGGGAUUUCUGUUCCUUCUUGUCAGCCCCUAGCAUUCCACUUUGUUUUGGCAGGCGCUGGUUCUGCUUUGUAGGUGGAAGUGAAGCUCCACUCAGCCACAGACUCCAGACAGUGGGUCACAGAGCAGUCUGGAAUGUGUAGCAGUCUUAUGGAUGGUCACAGCUUUUCUUACAUAUUCAUAUUCUAUCAAACGUUUUGUAAAGUAUAAUUUUUUAUUUAUUUUUAAUCCCCUUAGAGAAAAAGUAAAAGUAGAGAAGCCUGGGUAUUGUGUACACAACAGAAAGGACAGUCAAGGAAAGGGAAGCAGAAAGGCUCUUAUGUACUCUCAGCUUCAUGCAACCCCUGUAACUGGCCGCAUAUGUAGGGCAUAUUUUAAUUGGUUAAAGCAGUUUGUUGUGGCUGAGGUCAUAAGAUAUAUACAGUUUUGUAUCCUGAUUUUUCACUGAACUUCAUUGUUUUUUGUUUGCUUGCUUUUCCCUUCUUCUUUGUUUUUUGCUUUAUUGAGAUAGGGUUUCUCUGUAGCCCAGGCUGUCCUAGAACUCCCUUUGUAGACCAAACAUCUGAUUACUGGCCUCACAUGGAGAGAUCUGUCUCUGCUUUUCCAGCGCUGGGAUUGAAGUAGGCCUAAUCUUCAUCUAACUUCUUAGCUUGUCUUUUCCAUGUUACUACACACACUGUGUAAAUACCAGUGUGCUACCCUCCUUCUUUGAGGGUGACUGUUGGGAGUAUUUGUCCAAAUCCUGGGCUCCUUGAGUGCAGACUGAUGCUCUAAGAUCAGCAAAAUGACUGAACUACAUCCUAACACUUCCCAGUGUCCUCUCAGUGUCUCUUCUUAUCUGCAGCAUUGCAGGAGUGAAGUGGCCACAGACCAGUGUGGAGGCCUGUGUGUGGGAAGUCAGCAGGUGCCAAGCUAUUGAAACAUUGGUUUUAUUUUUUUAAACCGAUCUCUGUCUCUAAAAGAUGUGAUGUUUGUGUUAUUCAGCUGGAAGUUUGAAUACUGUUCUCUGUGCUGUCCAACAAGUGAAGAGUUAUGAAAUGAGCCACUUGUCCUGGGACAUCCUGUAAUGAGUUCCUCGGGCUUUUCUCCUGUGAGUUUUCUGAAAAAAGCUGACCUUUUUAGUACAAUAAACGGUGCUAAUUGAAGGAAG